GUGUGUGUGGGUAGUGUGGUGUAGUGUGUAGUGUAGUGUGUGUGUGUGGGGUAGGUGGUGUAGUGUGUGUGUGUGAGGUGGAGUGGAGCAGUAAGCGGGGAGCAGUGGGGCAUUUACCACGGCCACUCUAAGAUUCACCAGGUGCCAGCCAGUGAGUGGGUGAAGCUACAUUGAGGUUUAUGUGAAAGUCUUCGCCUGGACACAAGACCUUUGGGGAAUCGACUCACAACAGGACACUGGUUACCCUGCCACCUCCUGCUCGGCACAGCAGUACCUGUCCACAUCUCUGUGGGGAAAUCACACCUUCCUGAACAGGACAUUUGUGACCUGAAGUUGGGAACUUUGACCCCGGUCCCAGCCUACGUGACCUCUGGGAUAGACGGCGGGAUGUCUGGGAAAGGGACGCGGACAGACAUCCUGCAGACGGUCAGAUCGGCCCCCAUCGAUCAGGUGAUCAACGGCUGCAUCAGUGAGUUUGAUGACGAGGGGAACCUGCAGGACUCCACCUUGCCCCACAUGUUCCUGUUGAUGCAUCAAUGGUAUCUUCCGUCUGCAGAGCUGGUGGGGAAACUUCUCUCCUUGUAUCGUCUCGCCUGCAGCUCCGACUCAAAGGUUCUUCAGCUGAAAAUCUGCCAACUGGUCAGUUUCUGGAUCUCGGAGUUCCCGGCAGAGUUUAACCUGGACGUGGGAUUGGCCGAGCAGGUGAAGGAGCUGCAGGACACGGCCAGUCGUGAAGGUCAUCGGAGACACAGCCAACUGGUGGACAUCUCACAGGUGCCGUCCUUCGAGUGGAAGAGGCAGGUGACGCAACGCAACCAUGUGACACAGAAGAAGAGGAAAAUGUCCCUCUUCUUUGACCAUCUGGGACCCUUGGAGUUGGCUGAACAUUUGACUUAUCUGGAGUACAAGUCGUUCUGUCGUAUCCUGUUCCGCGAUUACCACAGCUUUGCCAAACACGGCUGCACCAAGGACAACCCCAUCCUGGAACGGUUCAUCAGCCUCUUCAACAGCAUCUCACAGUGGGUACAGAUGAUGGUGCUCAGCCUACACACACCCCAGCAGAGGGCGGAGGUUAUCACCAAGUUCGUGCACAUGGCCCAGAGACUCCUGCAACUGCAGAAUUACAACACAUUGAUGGCAGUCAUUGGUGGACUGAGUCACAGUGCGAUCUUACGUCUGAAGGAGACGUAUCACUACAUCAGCGCUGAUGUCUUGAAGAUUUCAGAUGAGCUGACUGAGUUGGUCACCACCUGUAGCAAUUACAGGAAUUACCGGAAGCGUUUUGCUGAAGGGUCUGGUUUCAAGUUCCCCAUCCUCGGUGUACACCUGAAGGACCUGCUGGCCGUUCACCUGGCGCUCCCCGACUGGGUGGAGGAGGGGCAGCUCAACGUGGUCAAGAUGCAACAGCUCUACUCCAUCCUGAAUGAACUGGGUCAAGUCCAGGCCACUCCUCCACCCAUUGAGCCCAACAAAGACCUGGUCAACCUGCUGACGGUCUCACUUGAUCAAUAUCACACAGAUGACGAGAUCUACAAGCUUUCGCUGUUGAGAGAACCUCGCACCUCCAAGUCCACACCGUCCAGUCCUGCCCCAGUCAAGCUGUCGGUGAUGGAUGAGUGGGCAACUGCUGUCAAACCAAAAACAGAUCCUGAGUUAAUUACAAAACACAUCCACAAGAUGGUUGAGUCCGUCUUCAGGAACUUUGAUGUCGACCACGAUGGCUACAUCUCCCAGAAAGAGUUUAACAUUAUCUCCUCCAACUUCCCCUACCUGGACAGGUUCAGUGUCCUGGAUGAGAACAACGAUGGUCAGAUCAGCAGAGAUGAGAUGCUGGUCUACUUCAAGCAGGCAAACUCACUCCUCAACUGCAAGAUGGGAUUCAUUCACAACUUCCUGGAGACCACUUACAUGAAGCCAACCUUCUGUGACCACUGCAAGAACUUUAUCUGGGGCUUGUACAAACAAGGCUACAAGUGUAAAGCCUGUGGGAUCAGCUGCCACAAACAGUGCAAGACCCUGCUGGUGAUGGAGUGUCGUAAACGUACCAAGAGUAUUAGCUUUGACAGUCCAGCUCACACCCUGAAGCGGUCGUUCAGUUUCCCCAUCACACACGCAGCUCCUGACUCCAUAUGUACAGUGCUGAAGGAAGAGUUGGAGAGUCUGGAAGAUGAAGUGCAGGACAUACAUCUCUAACAACGCCCACCAUUUGCCUUAAAAACCCAUCACGUCUUCCAGCCAAGCAGCAGCAGAUGGAGGAGUGGAAGAUUUACAGACCAGCAAGAUUCUCCUAUGGGCCAAAAGUGAUGUAAAUGUAAUGAUAUCAGACUGGGUUGUGUUUAAACCCACGGUUUUAUCUGCUACACCUAAUACAAGCGGGCAAAGUCUCACAGUCAUCACAAGGACUUCACUGAUGGUUUUAAAAACCACUGCCCAGUAUAGAGGAGCUCCUCUAUAAUCUUUGCUAGAAACUAGAAACACUGGACACUGAUUGCACUGUAAUUUGUCUUGUUACGGUUCAUGCCGUGUUCACUGCCUUUCCACGCCCGGUUCAGGAAUUGGUUUGUUUAUUUUAUUUAGUUUUUCCCCCCUCAUCGUAGCUGGGGGCCGUGUUUCACAGGACACUCUCCCUUCGCUGGUCGAGGAGAUGCGAGUGUUUCUCUUCCGUCUGGCGGUUUCUGCCUCGGGAUGGCCCACGCAGAGCAUCACUGCGCCCGUGGAGCUCUCCGUCCCGACUCACGCCCGGGGUGUCCCCGACC